CAUUCACUUUAAACCUUCUCACUUUGAACUCUCUCUCCCUCUCACAUUAGGGUUUGUCAACUCUCUUAUCCAUCUCUCUGUAAUUGUUUCAUAGAACUAACUACAAUGAGGAAACCUUGUUGUGAGAAGAAAGAGACAAACAAAGGAGCGUGGUCGAAGCAAGAAGACCAGAAGCUCAUGGAUUAUAUCCAAAAACAUGGAGAAGGUUGCUGGCGUUCACUUCCUGAAGCUGCAGGCUUGCUUCGUUGUGGCAAAAGUUGUCGAUUAAGAUGGGUAAAUUACCUAAGGCCAGACCUUAAACGUGGCAACUUUGGUGAAGACGAAGAGGACCUCAUCAUCAAACUCCAUGCACUUCUUGGAAACAGGUGGGCAUUGAUAGCCGGAAGAUUGCCGGGCCGUACAGACAAUGAAGUGAAGAAUUACUGGAACACUCAUCUUAAAAGAAAACUAGUUCAGAUGGGCAUCGAUCCCAACAACCAUCGCUUGGGAAUCACCCGCCCUAGCAAAUCUUUUGUGUCAAAUAGCCAUACAUACAAAGCAGUGAACUCUCAAGCGGAUAACUCCCCAGAGAGCAACACAAGCAGCUUACCUGACCUGAAUCUUGAUCUCACCAUAGGCCUUCCACUUAUGGAUUCGAGUCAAAUGGGUACAUGAACACUCUUGCGAGAGAUGGAACACAUAACAUAUAUAUUUAUAUAUUAUAUGUGUGUGUGUGGGGCUGUUUUCCCGCUAAUGUGAAGGAAUUAAUUUUUGUCUUAAUGUGAAAGAUUUUGAUUUUUGUUUUUUUGGGUGCAAGUUAGAAGGAAUAUGUAGCAAAAACAAAUUUUGUGUUUUUGCAACAUCCAACGACCACCUAGUAUGAGGUCGAUCAGUAUUAAUUAGUCAGUCUUUGAUAAUAUUUAUUCCCGAAUGUGACAAAAUGUUUUACAGGAAGGAUAUGUAUAAAUAUGUAUACCUGCUUAAUUA